AUGUUUCAUCAGCCUGACAGCAUUUUGGCUUUGAUUCCGUCUUGCUCCUACCUGUUCCUGAACAGUGACGGGGAGGAGAAGAGGCACCGUCCCACCAUGUCUCGCUACAGCCUCCAUAAUCUCCUGGACUGGAUGUACGGGGGUGUGGACCCCAGCUUUGCCGGCAACGGAGGGCCAGAAUGCGCGGCCUUUCUCUCUGGGCAGCAGCGGUUUCUGGAGAGCUUGGUCUUCCUCAGCGUGGGCGUCGUGGAGAUCCUCCUGUCCCUGUGGAAGCUCAGGCAGCUGCAUUUCAGGGAGCUGCAGGGUCAUCUGCUGCGGCAGCCUCGGGCUAAACAGGAGAGCUUGGGCAAGAACGUGCUGCUUGUGGUGCUGUGUCUCACCUUUGGGCUGGAGGUGGGGUUCAAGUUUGCCACCAGGACUGUCAUUUACCUCCUGAACCCCUGUCAUGUGGUCACGGUGAUGCAG